AGACUGUGAUCAGGAUUGGUGUUGGGGUGGGGUUGGGAUCAGUGUCUGAGUUGGGAUUGGUGUUGGGAUGGGGUCAGAGCCCAGACUGGGGUUGGGAUUGGUGUUGGGGUGGGGUUGGGAUGAGUGUGUUGGGGUUGGGAUUGGUGUUGGGAUGGGGUCAGAGCCCAGACUGUGAUCAGGAUUGGUGUUGGGUUUGGGAUCAGUGUCUGGGUUGGGAUCGGUGUUGGGAUGGGGUCAGAGCCCAGACUGGGGUCAGGAUUGGUGUUGGGAUGGGGUCAGAGCCCAGACUGGGGUCAGGAUUGGUGUUGGGAUUGGUGUUGGGUUUGGGAUCAGUGUCUGAGUUGGGAUUGGUGUUGGGAUGGGGUCAGAGCCCAGACUGUGAUCAGGAUUGGUGUUGGGAUGGGGUCAGAGCCCAGACUGGGGUUGGGAUUGGUGUUGGGAUGGGGUCAGAGCCCAGACUGGGGUCAGGAUCGGUGUUGGGAUGGGGUCAGAGCCCAGACUGUGAUCAGGAUUUUCCAACCCAAACCAUUCCCAUUUCCAUGCAGCUGAGCCGUGAUUCCUGCCCAGCUCCCUGCCAGGCUGUCCCCUGCCCUGCACCAGCACACCCAUUCCCAUUCCCUGUGGGGUCCCUGCUCCCUGCCUGGCACCUUCCAGGCUGUUGUUGAUCCCCCACCAUGGAGGGGGGGGAUUCCCGAUUCCUGCACCUGCACCAGCCCAUCCGCGACCUCACCAAGAACUGGGAGGUGGACGUGGCCUCCCAGCUGGGGGAGUACCUGGAGGAGCUGGAUCAGAUCUGCAUCUCCUUCGACAACGGCAAAACCACCAUGAACUUCAUGGAGGCAGCGCUGCUGAUCCAGGGCUCUGCCUGCAUCUACAGCAAGAAGGUGGAACACCUGUACAUGCUGGUCUGCCAGGCACUGGACUGCAUCUCCAACAAAAAGAGGCAGAGGCUGCCCUGCUCCGUGGGGCCCGACGGGCGCGACGCCGACGCCACCUUCACGGACAGGGAGCAGGAGUUCCUGUCCCUGGAUGACAUCCCAGAAACCAGCCAGGCCCGGGUGGACACCAAGAGGAGUCAGCAGGUCGCUGCUGUGACCAUUGUCCCCCUGACCCCGAUGUCCCUGGAGGCGCCGGACGAGGGCGAGAAGGAGGAGGAUCCGCUGAUGAGCCGCCAGGGGGAGGUGCUGGCCGGCCGCAGGGAUUUCCGCAUGAACGUCUCCAGCCAGCACGCGUCGGGAACCUUCCUGCAGGACCCCGCGGGGCUGUCCCCUGCUGGAAUGUCCCCUCCCGGGCUGUCCCCUGCCAGGAUGGCCCCUCCCCUGCACGAGCAGGGCACAGCAGCUCCAGGAUCCACUCCCAGCGCUGGCACCGUGGUGAGGGCACUGAGCUUCUGUGAGGAGCCAGGAGCUGCUGACGAUGACGACGCUGCCGGGGCCCUGGGGCAGGACAUGGAGGUGACACCGGGCCAGGAGGAGCACAUCGAGGCACAGAGGAGCACGCCCCGGACCCGGGGGUACAUCCUGCGGGACAGAGCCCCCAGGCAGGAACCCAAACCCCAGAGCAAGGAGGAGCCCAACCCGUGGCAGAGCCUCGAUCCCUUCGGAGACUCCGAGGAGAAGCCCUUCAGGAAAGGGAGGCCCUUCCUGGUGCCACAGGGCCUGGAUGACAUCGUUGGAGGCAAGAGGAAGAGGAGGGGCCCGAGGAAGCUGCAGGAUUUCAUGAGAUGGUUCUCUGCAGCCUACAACAACGUCACCGAGGAGAAAACCAGGAGGAGGGGUCCCAGCUUCGCAGACCUGGAGGUGCUGUACUGGCGGCACUUCAAGGAGCGGGCGGCGGCGCACAGGAAGCUCCGGAGCUCCAGGGAGCCGCGGUGGGAGCCGGAGCGGGAGCCGGAGCCGGAGCUGGAGUUGGAACCGGAGCGCGGGGCUGACGGCGAGGAAGGGGCAGACGAUGAUUUUGUGGAGCACGAGGACGUGGAGCCUGAGGCGGUGCCUGAGGAGCUGAGGGAAGGAUCCCUGGACCCCCCUGAAUUCGGAUACGAGGAGCUGGUGCGCAAGAACGUGGAGCUGUUCAUUGCCAGCUCCCAGAAGUUCGUGCAGGAGACGGAGCUGUCCCGGCACAUCCGGCACUGGCAGGAGCACGUGAAGCCUCUGCUGCAGGAGCAGGAGGAGCGUGCCCCGUUCGAUGUCCGUGCCUAUGGGCAGUCCCUGACGCAGCGCUGUGCCGAGCCGGGCCGCUGGCACUCCCUGGCCAGCCUGGUGGCUGGGCAGCCCCCGUUCGAGGUGUGCCGCUACCUGCUGGCCUCACUGCAGCUGGCCAACGACGCGGAGGUGGAGCUGGCGCAGGACGCGGGGCUGGAGGCGGCGCUGGACACGGCGCGGCUGCGGCGCCUCUCGGCCCGCCCGGCCCACGAGAGGUUCCAGAACUUCCAGCUGCCCUCCCAGAGCCACCCCGACCCCCAAUAAACACCCCCACCCUGA